GGUCACACUAAUGCGAUGUCCAGAGACGCCACCGAGUAAAUAAGUUGGAAUACCCAAAAACAGCCGAUUCCAUGGACGCGCCGGCGUCGUAUCCCGAUUUGGCGACCCUCUGCCGCCUGUGCCUCAAGGAGCACCAGGAUGCGUACGCGAUCUUCGAGGAGGACGACUCGCAGCUCUCGAUUCCCGUGCGUCUGAUGGCCUGCGUCGCUCUGGACGCCAAGGCGGCGGACAGCCUGCCCAAGCGGAUCUGCCAGGAGUGCCGCUACCAGCUGGAGAAGUCCUUCCUCUUCCGGCAGCGCUGCCAGGCAUCGGAAAAGAAGCUGCGCAAGCACAUCCGCCUCCUGGGCCUGGGCAAGCGGAGUCGCGUCUUCUCCAAGGAUCCCGAUGACUACGACGAGGACGAGCUGGAGUUCGAGGACUCCAUUGCGUUCAUCGAACGGCAGGACAAGGUGCGGAAGCUGCAGGACGAUAAGUGGCGCGAGGAGUUCAAGGAGGAGCAGGCGGCGGAGUUCAACAAGCGGCUGGUCAAGUCCCGCCUGGAACUGCGGGCCAAACUGACCACCGAGAUACGCAAGGGGCUGGCGGAGGAGGUGCGCAGCGAGGUGCGCGACGAGCUGGCCGAGGAGGUGCGCAGCCAGGUGCGGGAGGAGCUGCGCCACGAGGUCAGCGAGGACAUGCGCAAGGAGCAGCUGGCCAUGCUCUUGGGCGAACUGGAGGUGUAUCUGGCCGAGAAGAAGGCCGGUCAGUGGGAGCCCUUGGAAGGAUCUGAGGUAGAUUCAAAGGCGCAGGUGAAAGAGGAUUCCUCCCCGUCCAGGCUCAAGCUGAAGCUUCCACCCAAGCGGCGCCUAAGCUCAACCAGCAAGCCACAGGCGUCACAGCGCAUGAAAGAGGAAAAGAAUGAGGAAUUUAUACUUGAGUGCAAUUCAGAGCCUUUGGCUGCCAACGAAGUCAACAUCGACACACUCGAACUGGAGGAAGUGGUGCCCACGGAGGGCGGAAACGACUUCGGGGACAUGGUCGAUACGGUGCGCACUGAGGAUGGAGACAUUUACAUUAUCAACUCGAACAGUUCGGAGGAUCAGAAGCCCGGCUCCGCGCCCGAAUUCGACCAGGACGACGGCAUUACCUCCUACAACAUCAAGGAAGACGGCGAGAUUCAGUUCAGUGGCGAGAAGACGGAGGAAAUCGAAGAUGUCGUUGUGUUUAACCUGAAUGCAGAGAUUUCUGAAGAGCAACAGGUCUUUAAUUUUGACGAGAACGUCAUAAUUGUGGAAAAGGAGCCGAACAAAGGGGACGAGCAGUUGCCCGCGAAAUGCAAGAGAUCGAGUGACUUUGUGUUUAAGCAGGUCUCAGAUUGCCCUCAACCAAAGGCCGGCAGGGUAACGGACACGGUGAAAUCCUUUCAGUGUCAUCUGUGCCCGGUGGCCUUUGCCACGCAGAAACUGCUGACGCGCCACCACAAUACGCACAUCAAAGGCCUUAAAAGCGGCAAGGGCGGCACGCUCAAGUGUCCCAGCUGCUCGCUGCAGCUGUCCUGCGCCAGCUCCCUCAAGCGCCACAUGAUCAUCCACACUGGCUUGAAGCCCUACAAGUGCAGCGAGUGCGAUUCGUCCUUCUCGCAGCGCGAAGUGCUCAAGCGGCACAUGGACAUCCACACGGGAGCCAAGCGCCACCAGUGCCCCCAAUGCUCGAGCUGCUUCGCCCAGAAGUCCAAUCUGCAGCAGCACAUCGGCCGAGUGCACAUGGGCAACUCGAGGACACACAAAUGCCACCUCUGCCAGCGGAGCUUCAACCAUGUUUCGGGCCUGAGCCGCCACCUGGUCACGCACGCCGGCGUCAUGUUCUCCUGCAAACAGUGCGGCCGGCAGUUCAACGAUCGCAGUGCCGUCCAGCGUCAUGUUACGACUAUGCACAAGGUCAAGAGCAAGUCCGCGGACUACAUAUCUGAGCCCGAGAUCAGUGAAACCGAGUUCCAGGCUGUGUAGAGCCAGGGUAGAAUAGUCACUGACGUUGUGGGAAACCAAGACAAUUGCUUCACCUAAAAACAUCCACCUUGCUCUGAAUAUUUUACAACUUUAUUCGCGAACGUAAAGUGCUCACAACAGUUGGCACCAAAUAUCAUCAACGUGAUAGUGUUAAAACAUUUAGAAAACAUGCAGCGUUAAACAGUUAGCUAACAAAUACAAAUCGGAACAUUUGGAACAGCUCCGUAACAGGAUACCAAUAUAGCUAGACGUACAUUUUACAAUAUCGUUUAAUAAAUAGCACAUAAGACGAUGUACAAUAUGAUAGGCAAAUACACGUAUUUUUAAUAAA